AUGGAUGAGCAGCGCCCAAUCAGGGAAAUCAAAUUGGAUUUUCCGCUCGCGCUAUACGCCGCUCGGUGUUGGAUGCAGCAUGCGGGACCAGCUGAGACUGAGGAGGACGCUCAAGAAAGUAUCUUGAAUUUCUUCCUCCUAUGGAGACAAGCGUAUGCGGUAUGGCGCAAACUUUUUGACCCGGAUCGGCCUUGGGAUGGAAACAUGCAGGAUUAUGGAAUGAUGGCAACUCCAAUAUACUACGGAUCGUUAGCCGGUCUCCAAUAUACGGUAGCACAGCUAUUGAAAAAAGGUGCCGAUGUCAAUGCACAGGGCGGACGCUAUAGGAAUGCUCUACAGGCUGCUUCUAGAAACGGCCAAACAGAGAUUGUGCGGCUAUUACUGGAGCGAGGCGCCGAUGUCAAUGCACAGGGCGGGGACUAUGGGAAUGCUCUCCAGGCUGCUUCUAGAAACGGCCACAUAGAGACUGCGCAGCUAUUACUGAAGCAAGGUGCCGAUGUCAAUGUACAAGGCGGAUUCUAUAGGAAUGCUCUCCAGGCCGCCUCUAUAGACGGCCACAUAGAGACUGCGCAGCUAUUACUGGAUCAAGGUGCCGAUGUCAAUAUACAAGGCGGACUCUAUGGGGAUGCUCUACAGGCUGCUUCUAGAAACGGCCAAACAGAGAUUGUGCGGCUAUUACUGGAGCGAGGCGCCGAUGUCAAUGCACAGGGCGGACUCUAUGGGAAUGCUCUCCAGGCUGGUUCCGUAUACGGCCACCUAGAGAUUGCUCAGCUAUUACUGGAGCGAGGCGCCGAUGUCAAUUCACAUGGCGGGGACUAUGGGAAUGCUCUUCAGGCUGCUUCUGGUAACGGCCACACGGAGAUUGUGCAGCUGUUGCUGGAGCAAGGCGCCGAUGUCAAUACACAGGGCGGGCGCUAUGGGAAUGCUCUUCAGGCUGCUUCUGGUAACGGCCACACGGAGAUUGCACAACUGUUGCUGGAGCAAGGCGCCGAUAUCAAUACACAGGGCGGGUGCUAUGGGAAUGCUCUUCAGGCUGCCUUUACUGGGGGCGAAGUGACAGGGUGA